UCCAAAUUUAUCUAAAAUGACACCAACUUUUAGCCGAACGGUUCCGAUUUCAUCUUUAGAAAUAGCAACGUUCACUAACCAUCGGAUCUUUUGUAAUUUACUUCAAUGUCAGGUCUGAUCGAUAGUGUAGCUUUCAUUUGCUUGAGAUCUAAAAGGGAGAGCGCCAUAUUCUGGUUAGAGAUUUCCACAAAGCUUCUCCUGUUCUCCGACCUUGAACUCCAAUGCUUCUAGCUUAUUUGCUUGCCAGCUUCCUUCUCUUUGAUGCGACAUGUCCGAAGCAAUUCUAUGAUCCUAAUUCCUGCGCAUCCAGUGAAUUCUCAGGGGGUUCUCGAUACAUCUGCAACGAUUCUCCAACUUCAUGCCAAACAUUCAUAGUCUACCGAGCGCGGCAUGGCUUCGAGACCGUAUCGAAGAUUUCCAGGUUGUUUGGUGUGGAGCAAGACGAGGUGCUCCAUGCAAACAACCUAACGAGCCCCUCUCGGAUCCUCGAGAAGGACUGGGCGGUUCUCGUUCCCAUCAAUUGCUCCUGCUCCGGCAAUUUCUUCCGAUCCAACGUAAGCUACUCGAUCCCUGAAGAUGCGACAUUCACCAAAAUUUCUUGCGAGGUUUUCGGAGGCUUGGUGAAACUGCACACUCUCGUUAAGGAGCAUCCGUCUAAUGCUAAUAAUCUCGAGGUAGGGGCAGAGGUUACCGUGCCUCUAACCUGUGCUUGUCCUGAUUCCAACAAUAGUAGAGAUGGAAUUAUGUACCUUGUAACAUACCCCAUUGUUGAAGAAGACGACACAGUAGUGGUAGGCAAAAGAUUUGGCAUCUCUCCUAGUGAUAUAUGGGUGGAAAAUAAUCUAGGUGGUCCGAAUCCCAUAGUGUUUCCAAGUACCACCAUUUUAGUUCCUCUUCGAGCAAUGCCUUCCAUCAAUUCCAGCAUUAAAGAUCCAGACAACGAGGAGCAUGGCUUCGUUCCAAUCACAUCUACUGUAAUGACCGGAGGCAGCAUAAAUCAAAAGAAUUUAUACGCGAUUGGCUCCGGGGUGGGGAUUUUUUUCAUGCUUCUUGCAUUAGCUGGCGUGGGUUUCUAUUACAAGGCCAGGUUUAAGCUGAGAGAGAAUAAAUUUGACUCGUUAUCCACGCGGAGUUCCGCGGCAUCAUGCCUGUCUCCUGAUUUGGUUGCGGAGAUGUCCAAGUACUCUCUCGUCAGCUACAGCUUCGAAGAGCUCAGGCGGGCUACAAUGGGUUUCAGCGAAGACACCAAGUUGGGUUCUUCAGUUUACAAGGGAAGGCUUGGAGUCGCAGAUGUUAUCAUAAAGAGAAUGGGAUUUGGCGAUGCUCAAAGAACCAUCAGUAUAUACUCCAAGAUCAAUCACAUUAAUAUCGUUAACUUGGAGGGGGUCUGCUAUGGGGAGAGCGACUUCUCUUCGUCAUAUUUGGUGUUUGAGUUUGUUUCAAAUGGAUGUCUGAGAGAUUGUUUGAGGAAUCCAGCAAACGUUCUCCCAUGGCGUAGGAGGACACAGAUUGCUUUCGAUGUGGCCAUCGGGCUUCACUACAUUCAUCACUGCACGGCCCCAUCUUACAUUCACAUGAACAUCACCAGCAGAAGCAUCUUGAUCGCAGAAGAUUGGAGAGCAAAAAUUGCAAACUUAGGAAUGGGUUCUGUCAUCGAUUCUGAUAAGGAGAGGGGUACUGAUGUUAUGAUGACUUUCGAGGGGUGGAUUGCGCCCGAGUACCUUCGUCAUGGUUCGGUUUCAGACAAAGUGGAUGUGUUCGCAUUUGGGGUUGUUUUGUUGGAGCUCCUGUCUGCCAAAGAGGCUAGAGAUGGGACUUUGUUGAAGAAGCUGGGAUUUUUGACCGGAGGAGGAGGAGCUAGUGGCUGUUUCGAGGAGUUGAGAGCUUUCAUGGAUCCAUCUCUUAAGGAUUACCCCCUCGGAGAAGCUUUGUGCAUGGCUAUUUUAGCCAAGGCUUGUCUAGAGGAUGAUCCCUUGCCUCGCCCAUCAACAAAUGACAUCCUUAAGAUCCUUGCAAGGAUGGUUCGAUAGCUUCAUGCAAUUAUUGUAACAAUUUAAGUCUAUGAGAUCUUUGAUGCAACAAUGUAGGAGAUUUUAUUCUGCUUUGUCUUUGCAACUUGCUGUAUUAGUAUUUCUUUCAAGAAAAGA